UAAUCAUAGUUCCUAUUGGAGAUAUACUGUAAUCAGCUAAAAGUUAGUGGUUCUUAUAAUAAAUAAGAUUUUCUUUGCUAGCUAUGACAAUUUUAACUGAGAGAUGAUAUUUUAAAAAAAAAAUGAAAGCUCAUAUGUGGUAAUCAGUGUUAUUAACAUUCACUUGUAUGAGGAAAUUAUCAACUCUUGUGUAAAAUUAUAAUGUAUUAAGUUGGAUAUAAUGGAGAAAUAAGGUAAUUUCAAUAAACUAUCGUGACCAGAAGGUGAGAGAAUGAAACAGUGAUGGACAUGUUCUAUUGUCAAGAGAAUGAAAUUAAAAGUUGAUGGCAUGAGUGAAAAACCCACAAGUACAGACAUCUCAGAGCCCAGUGAGCCCCCAGAUUCUAGUGAGGAUAGUGCGAGAGGUUUGGAGUUACAAGAAGGGGACAACUUCCCUGACUGUCAUCAUGGUGCAGAAAAACAAGUUACUAUUGCCCUGGAGGAAAUCGAGGAGAUAGAAAAUGAGAUGCUUGCUUUAUCUGAUACUGAUGAUAUUUGUGUCUCGUCUGAAAGUAAACCAAAGCCCCCACCUCGUUCUGACAGUCAUGGUGGGUCAACUAAGAUUCAGGCACUCCAUGAGUCAACUGAGAUUUCAUCCAGCAAACCUGUUCCACCACCUCGGUCCGACAGUCAUGGGUAUAAGCCUAAGGCACGAUACAUGGUGGAUAUGCUAGGUGGGUACGAGAUGGAGGAAUCGUUCUCCUGGGAUCAUCAGCGAGAGUACCUGCUAACAUGUAUGGGAUUUGUGAACGGUCUCGGAUGUCUUCUGAAAGCUUCAACGCUGAUUGUUAAACAUGGUGGCUGUGUGUUUUUCAUAGCGUAUGUGAUAUGCAUGAUCAUCUUUGGUUGUCCACUUGUUUACCUUGAGACAACACUAGGCCAGUAUGCCAAUGGUGGACCAAUUACAGCAUGGAAAGUGAUACCAUUGUUCAGAGGCAUGGGUUAUUGUAUGGUACUUACAACGUUCAUGAUCUCCACAUAUUACAUGACAGAAGUCACAUGGGCUAUCUACUAUUUCGGGGUUGCCAUGUCAACGGCUCUUGGUGGACAAAAGCUUCCUUGGGAUUUUACCAAUAAGUCAGAAAGGACACAGUCUGACAGCAUCUACCUCAUACAAACCAGUCUACCUCAUGAUAACACUGAAGCAGACGUUGAUGCAGGGGAGAGAACCCAACAUUCCUUGCGAUAUACUUGGACCAUUCAGUAUUUCUAUUCAGAUGUUUUACAAUUCCAAGGUUCUUCGUUAGAACUUGGUUGCCCAGUUUGGUAUAUUGUGUUAUGUUUGUUGCUUGCCUGGGUCACAAUUUAUGCCUGUCUCAUUUAUGGACCUAGUUCUAUUGGUAAGGUAAUGUAUGUGACCGGACCAUACCCGUUUAUAGCUCUUCCAAUACUCUUUGUUUACACAUUAUUUAGUAAUGGAAGUCUGGAAGGAAUCCGGUUCUUUCUAAGUCCGACAUGGAAAAACUUAGCCGGAGUUCAGAUUUGGAAGGAUGCAGCAAUGCUGAUGUUUUUUACGUUGAGCCUUGGUACAGGAUGUCUUCAUACAUUGGCCGGCUAUACCCAUUUUCAUAGUCACUGUUUUAGGAAUCUCAUGUUGAUAUGUCUAUGCAAUGUGAUGGGGGUGAUGUUUUCGGGACUGACAAUUUGUUCUGGGCUUGGAGUUCUUUCUAACAUGACUAAUGUGUCAAUAAUUGACUUCAAAUUCACAGAAUAUGAGUUGGGCUUUGCCGUGUUUCCGUAUAUUUUGUUAAACAUAUCAGAGUCUGCAGCAUUAAGCAUGCUGUUUUUCUCGGUAAUAAUUGUGAUUGGACUGGACACUCUCGUGAUCUACGUACAAACGAUGGUUGGAGCAAUCACCGAGAAGAUGGUGGACUGUAGAAUAAACUGUACCAGAAUGACACGCUGGAUGAUUCAGUUUGUUUUAUGUGCUGUAUUGUCGAUCAUUGGUCUUGUUUUUACUACAAAGGGUGGGAUAUUGGCUCUCAACUUUGUGGAUAUCUAUGUGUCUCAGAUAUGUCCGUAUGUUGUUGCCACGCUGGAAUGUUGCUUGCUCAUGUACGUAUUUGGUGCGAGAAAGUUUGUUCACAACAUAGAAGAUAUGACAGGACAUAAAAACUCCCCCUGGUGGAUGUGUAAUUGGAAAUUCUUAACUCCCUGCAUACUUCUGGCUUUGAUAGUCUGUAGCAUUCUAUUUCCUGUGCAUGUGAAGUACAGGGAUUUGUCAUACCCUGACUGGACAGAAAUGCUGGGCUGGUGCCUCUCUGUUCUACCCAUUGUCUGUAUACCAGUCUGUGGUAUAAAAGCAUUUGUACAUCAACCAGGGACAUUUUUACAGCGACUAAAGGAGCUAUUACGGACACCACAUGGCUGGGGUGCCGGUUUAAUAAACAGUCAUGACCAUGACAACAAUGCACCGGACUAUGUGAUAUGUCAUCCAGAUAACCACCGACCAAUGCACGGGCUGGCGAUGUUGACGGCAAACCUGUAUGUGCCACAGCUGACCCCACUUGCAGCUGAUGAGGUGCCACACGAGACUGGUUCAGAGAUGACAGGAGGAUAUUUAUCAGACUUGAUAACUGUGACAAGUACGGACAGUAUCGAAAGUGGACCAGAAAAUGAAGAAAGGGGAAAUUGGCGUGGAAAACUGGAAUUUAUUUUAUCUUGUCUGGGAUAUGUUGUCGGUCUUGGAAAUAUUUGGAGGUUUCCGUACCUUGUGUACAGAAAUGGUGGAGGUGCAUUUUUCAUUCCUUACUUGGUAAUGCUGACAUUUUGUGGCAUACCACUUGUAUAUAUGGAGAUGGGGUUUGGACAGUAUGCCAGUCUAGGUCCGGUCACAAUAUGGCGAGCUGUACCGCUAUUUAAAGGUGUUGGAUAUGCUAUGGUUGUCAGUGUUGCCCUGGUAUGUGUGUACUACAACAUCAUCAAUGCUUGGGCAUUCCAUUAUUUAUUCUCGUCAUUUACUGCAAAUCUACCGUGGGCAUCAUGUGAUAAUAAGUGGAACACUGAAGCUUGCAGAUUAAACAAGUAUCAAGUGACAAACUGUAGUCUGUUAAAUGAAACAUUCCUUGAUGAACCUACAGUACAGAACACAUCAUGUGGCACAUAUCUACAGGAAUGUAUCAAAUCAGAUAAUCACUCACAAUUUAUACAAGAUAAUGUAACAGGCUGUAUUAGUUGGUUACAUGGAAAAUUUGGAGAUGCUUUGUAUAUACCAGAGAAACAGCAUUUGAUGGCAAACCUUAAAGAUCCAAGUGAGGAAUAUUUCCAUAAUGAAGUAUUACACCAGUCUGAAGGCCUGCAGGAUUUUGGAUCAGUACAGUGGCAACUUGCACUCUAUCUUUUGCUUUGCUGGGUUAUUGUUUUCAUGUGCUUGGUCAGGGGAAUCUACUCUGCUGGAAAGGUAGCAUAUUUUGUUGUGAUAAUUCCAAUAGUUUUACUGGUUGUGCUGUUAAUCUGUGCGAUGAUGGUGGACGGUCAUUUAGAAGGAAUCCGAUUUUAUGUGACCCCUAAAUGGGACAAGGUGUUAUCAAUGCAGGUGUGGAGCGAUGCUGCCUCUCAGGUGUUCUUCUCGUUAUCAGCUUGUAGUGGAGGUCUUACAACACUGUCUAGUUAUAACAAGUUCCAUAACAAUAUCUACAGAGAUGCUAUAUUGAUAUGUGUAAUAGACACAUUGAUGAGUAUUCUAGCUGGGUUCACAGUGUUUGCAUCUAUGGGGAUUUUAGCUCACCAGCUUAACACCACUGUCGAAAAUGUGGUUACUUCAAACAUCGGUCUGGUGUUCGUCGCAUUUCCUGCUGCUGUAACCAACUUCCAGCCAUCGGCAAUGUGGUCAGCAUUCUUUUUCUUGAUGAUAGUGAUGAUGGGGAUGAGUUCAAUCCUCGUGAUGACUGAGAUCAUCAUCACAGUGGUGAUGGACGAGAACAUGGAAAUUUUCCGCAAGUCACGAAUUAUUGUGCUGUUUAUCACGUGUUCUGCUCUGUAUCUGCUUGGACUUCCUAUGACAACUCAGGGUGGUCCAUUCUUGCUACAGCUGUUGGAUGAAUUCUGCGGUGGAAUGCCAAAUGUUGUGAUAGGUAUAUUUAUGUGUGUAGGACUGGCCUGGGUGUACAAGAUACGUCAUUUCGCAACAGAUUUACAGUUGAUGUUGGGAAAUUCGGUUAGUUUAUGGUGGCGUGCAAUGUGGUGUUUUAUAUCUCCAGUAAUCAUGGUGUUCAUCCUAGUGUCAGCCAUUAUUACUGGGGUAAAUCUGAAAACUGAGCAUUUCCCAGUAUGGGCCGAGCCAUUGGCUAUUACCCUCACUGUCCUGUGUGUUGUGUCUAUACCAGGAUAUGCUGUAAAGAAACUUUGUUCACUAGAAGGACCAAUUACACAGAGAAUAAAAGAGUCCUGUUUAUCACAAGAUAAUUGGGGACCAGCUCUUAUAAAACACUGGAAACAUGUAGAAUACUACCCGGCUGUAAAUACACAUACAUUAUCCGUGGAUAUAGAACAAAGUCCUGUCCAUGCUGUCACAGAUCGUGUUGAUUUUACAACAUCUCAAGUCCGCUUGCCAAAGUUGUCUGAGGCUACAUUAAUAAAUCACAACAAGCAGAUGUCACCUAAACGUCCACAAGAGCUUCGUCAAAAAGCAAUACUUAACCAUGCUUAUAGCAAUCCACAAUGCAAUAUGUCCAAUGGUUCCAUUGAUCAAAUUAAGCCGAGACUGUCAUUCUGUGAGCUGUCACCCUCGGCAGAUGUUCUCAUUGUUACAAGAAAGAAGUCCAGUAUUGGAUCGCAGGAUGUAGGAACACAGACAGAUACAAGAAGUUUUACAUUGGCUCUCAAACAAGGGAGUGUUAAAUCAUUGAAAGAAUUAAAGAUUGAGACAGAUGUGAACCCUUCAACAAGCUGUAACACAGUACAGGUAGAAGUGACUAAAUUCUGAACUGAUUGUCAAUAAGUUCACAUGGUGUUUUAUCAAGGUAGCUGUGGAAGUGACUAACUUCUUACCAGUUGUAAUAUGUUAAAAAUGGAAGUGACUAAGUUCCAAAUUAUAGAGUUCAUUGCAAAUCAAUUGACAACUUAUUAUGCAUUAACAGUGGAAGUGACUAAAUUCUAGCAGUGAAAAUUCUAGCAGUGAAAGUGACUUAAUUCUAGCCAUUUGUUAUAUCUUACACAAUGGAAGUGACUAAAAGAUUUAAUAAAUAUGUACAUGUGAAAGUGACUAAAUUCUAUGUUGGUAUGAAAAGCGAGGAUGCUCUUUUACAUCACAAGUGGACAUGACUAAAUCAUUGGCUUUGUGUAAUGUAGUAUCAGUGGAAGUGACUAAAGUAGUUGUGUUAUGUUAAAAAAUGGAAGUGACUAAACCCAAAGAAGAGAAUUGAUGCAAAUCAACUGGGAGUAAUGAAGGAAGUUACUAGGGAAAUGCCUAAAUUCUAAGUAGUUGCAAUAU